GGGAGGAGGGCGCUGUAAACUAUGUCACAUGGAUAAGACAUAUUAAGACGACCUCAAAAUAUAUGUCGUAGGAACCAUUUUUUUUCAUUUGUGAGAUAUUACCUAACUUUUCCAUACAUAUAUUUGAGCGAAAAACGAGAAGUGAAUUAUGUUUCGAUUGAUCGCUACGCAGUUUUCAAAAGUUGGACACGGUACCUUUCUUGCCCGUACUGCUGUGAACACUGUGGCUACUCGUUUUUGUCAUCCUGGAACACCAGACAUCUACGAUCCCAACUUUGAUGCUCAGUAUGAAGCCUACUUUAAUCGCCCAGAUAUCGAUCAUUGGGAAAUACGUAAAGCAAUGAACGAUUUGCUUCGUAUGGACUUGAUUCCAGAUCCAAAAAUUGUUGUUGCUGCAUUAAAAGCAUGUCGACGUCUCAAUGACUAUGCAUUAACGACGAGAUGGUUAGAAGGGGUUCACCAUCGAUGUGGUGGAGAUGACCAAACUUGGAACUGGCUUCUUCAAGAAAUAAGACCAACCUUAAACGAACUAGGUGUUUCAACUCCACAGGAACUUGGAUAUGGGGUUCCAGAAUUGGCUUUGAAGCGUCCUCACGAAUACUAAACGUCUAUUCAUAUUAAUCGCAUUAAUUACACAUAGAAUUCAACCGUUCUUUUAAUUGAAAAAAAAAAAUGUAUCACAAGAGGUGAAUUCAAUAGUUAAUAAAUGAAACAUAAGUUUAUGUAAAUUAAA